ACGCUGUGCAACUGGCAGCAGCCAAUAGGAUCCCUGGAGCCAGUACUUGUCUCGAGGCGGGAGUCUUCGUGAUCACCAUGGCGCUUCUUGAAUAUCAAGCUCAAGGUUACCCGAACGAACUAUACGUCCCGUGCACCAAGAGAGGUGACGUCAGCUGCCAGCUCCUCGAGCACCGGGCAGCCAUAAACAACGUUCUUCUGGACGUCGGACUCGAGAUUCGCGAGGACCACCGACAGAUCGGAGGUGUGCGCAUGGCGCCGUCUCUGACACCUGCGUGCAACUCCUUCUUCAGUUGGGAGCCGAGGGAGUGGCUCGAGGUGCCGUCCAUGCACCUUGCGCACGACAUCAUCUCCAUUCACCGAUGCUUCACAGCUCUGGAAAUGUACUCUACCACUCCCUGGCCGAAGCGCGUCCGACGAGCCCUGAAACGUGGUUCCACCGUGAAAAGCUUGACUGUACACUUGGUACUUCGCCACGGUUCCGGAAUGUUUCACGAAGGCGUCUUUGCCCUCGUCUCCUCUCUGACGUCACUAGAGGAGCUCGCCUUCACUGAAGCCGCAGCUCCGCACCUCGGAUUGUACAAUUCAGUGCGGGGCCAACUACUCGACCAAUCCCUGAAGCAUCUGACGACGCUCGAUCUAGGGAGAGUGAUUUUGGGACCAAAGAAUGCGGUCGCGUUCCUCUGGGCGCUCACAGAUAACCGCGGCGUGACCGACUUCGCUGGGAACUGGACGGUGCUCAAAGCCGGCCUCAAUGGACCCGCUAAACUCGGAUCCCUGUACCUGCCCAGACGAUUGGCUAUCCUCAGAAAGCUCAGGUUGACUCACUGGGAGGUCUGCUGGGACCGAGUUCUGUGGCUGCGGCUGACUAAAGCGUUCGCCGAAGUGGCCAAAUUGGAAGAGCUGUACGUUGAUAUGAAUAUGGCGGUCGAAAUCUAUACCGCAGUGAGUGAAGGCUUCGCUCAAGUCGUUCUUCGGUGUACCGAGCUGCGACGCUUGCAGCUGCCAACGUCAAGCCGAAUGCACAGCUCUCUGUUACCGGAAUACGACGACAAGCGGUGGCCGGAAUCCUUGAUCGACGCUCUGAAGGGGACCCGCGAAAUGCGCGACCUCUGCAUCUCCAUAGCUGGCAUGGGCGAGACGCAGUUGCGUAGUUUAUUCGCUGCCGUGCAAGGCAAUCGGUCGUUGAAAAACAUCUUAAUUUGGGAUGGUCUGUAUACGUACGACCGUGUCCUAAAUCUAGAGCUCCUCUCUAGGCUGACUCGCGAACGAAGCCUUGGACAUAAUGUUUCCUUCGUGCAAGAGCUCUUUGUUCGUAGCGAUAACUCGCUCGCACUGGCUGGAUUGCCGGAACUUUGCUCCUUGAAGUUCUUCCGGCUCAUAUUUGAGCUGCAGCCUUGGCACGCUAUAGAGGUUCUCGCCUGCUGCAAAAUUCUCUGUCACCGAGGCGCCCAGACGAUCUUCGAGGUCUCUUGCACAAUGGCGACAGCACCCUCCUUCGGCGACUGGCUGACCUGGCUGGCAGAGUCGACCGCGCUGACGGACGUGACAGUCGUUGCCAUGAUUCGCCCGUGCCUCGAAUGCGCUGCAAUGUGCGACAAAGUGAUCUCGGCACUUGCGCAGAACUCCAGCAUUGUCCAGCUGAGACUGGUAGAAUGCACCUUGGAAACGGCGCAUUUGGACGCGCUUUGCCAGAACGCCCGCGAGCAUCCUAGCCUCGGCCAGUUCGUGCUGACUCCGUUUUGCAGGGUAUUGAGCGCGGUUUGUCCACCGAGCUGCGACUGGCCUUCCGAAGGGUUCCGUGAGGCAGCAUUGCAGCUGCAGAACGUGGUGCGCCAGAACGCUUCCCGGAUGUGCGCCGCGGGCAACUUCGUCUUGGGCGAAGUCACCCGUGAUGGAGCGAGCGCCAUCGAACAACUGCACGACAAUCCGCUGCUGCCGGAACGAGUCCGCGACGACGCCGGUCUGACCGACGCAGAGGCCCAGGAGAAGGUCAAGCUCGCCGUCUCGCGUGUGCGGUACUGCGACGUCCACGACUUCCUGUGGCUGACCGGCGUGGUCCGGGAGCGGCGGGCCACGUGCCUUGACCCCGAAGCCCAAGGACUCCACAUCCUGGACUUGCCAUUGGAGUGCUGGUCAUGCAUCCGCGAAUACGUAAAAAUUGCGGAUGUCGCAUGGGGUUGACAUGUGCUGGCGUGGACUUAGGGCUGCUUUACAGUGUGAACGGGUAUACUUAGCGGAAUCGCGGGCUGAU